AUGAUGCCAAACAUCCCCAAUACUGCCCAUCUAGGACUAAGCACCAAACGCGAGCGCUCCUCGAUCCCCAAAACUGGAGAAGGCAAAACUUGGGUGUAUCCCUCAAGCGCACAGUUUUUUAGGGCCUUACAGCGCAGAGGAAAAGAGGCCGAAAAGGAGACGAUGCCUGCAGUGGUGCACGUCCACAAUUUCGUGAACGAGGAGACAUGGCAGAGAAUCACGACCUUGGAGCAGAAUCAUCCCGAAUGCGCCCAAGUGACUCUGACGCGCUUCUGCGGCCGCUCCGAUGAUUUGACAGUCACGGCGAGAGUCAUGAACCGCCUUGGCUGGUGGGGCCAGCUGUUCGACCGACACGACUGGUAUUUAGACAGGUGUGGCCAGCAGGUCCGCUACAUCAUAGACUAUUACGACGACCCGAAGGCGGAAAACAUCGCAGAAGUGUACAUACACGCCAGGCCGGCACCCUUUGACUCCCUGGAGAACUUUAGGGAUAUGCUGACGCAUACUGUGCAAGCCCUUUGGAGAGGCGAACGGCCUUAG